UCCGAGGCGUCAGUUCUCAGCGUCAACGUCCUACGAAUGCAUUCUUUUAUGUCAUAUCCUUAAUAUUCUUAACUCUUUCCCUAAAUUUAAUCAAGCUAUAAACUCUGACAAACAAACCUUUAACAAAUAUACGUAUUAUUCUUAACGAAACACAUGAAUUCAUUAUUAUUAAAAUCUAAAUUAUGAGUGAGACUUGAUCCUAUUAUAUUACAUUGCACUUAUAACGUUCCCGUCCUCUAAUCAAAUCCCAGACAAGCUCAAACUUCACCACAACCAAAUAGCGUGAAUUCCCACUCAAUGAGCAAAAUUCCGGCAAAUAAGCAAUGAAAUAUAUUACUUGAAUAAUUAUUAAAUUGAAUCCUAAAUAAAAUAAAAGACAUGAUGAAGCUGUAUUUCAGUCUGAUCGUUUGUGUUGUGAUGUCGCAAGCCCGCGCCGCCAUCAUGCCCAGCUUCGUCCACCUCGGUUUCUGCUCCGACGUUCCGCGGAUGCCGGAAUUUGACAUAGAAAAAUACUCGGAACGCUGGUACGUCAUCCUGCAAGUGCCCAACGAGUUUGUCCCAGCCAAGCAUUGCGUCACGACCAACUACACGAGCAUUACCAGCGAUGGAACAUUCACGAGCAGAAAAAGCGGUUACGCCGACAACCGAACUGUGAUCCACUCUCUGGUAGACCUGCAGUUGGUCGACCAUGACUACCACACUUUCGUCAUACAAGCGCAGGACGAACGGCCAGAGAUCGGCGUCACGGUGGUGGACACCGACUACGAGAACUACGCGUGCCUGUAUUCGUGCCUGCAGAGGUUCACGUUCAAGGCAGAGUUCGUGUGGGUGCUGAGCCGUGCGCCUGUCGUCACGCAGAGCUUCGUGAGGCGCUGUCGUGAACUCAUCACGACAGAGUCUGGCUUCGACUGGCGCAGGCUGCACAUGGUCGAACAGGGAGAGACCUGCCCGUACUGGGAAGACCAUUUGCAGGAGCAAAGCAAAGAAUCCCUGGAAUCAAAAACAGAACUACAAAAUAUGGUAAACGCCGUCGACGAUGAGGUGAAGGCGAUAAUCAACGAAGAAAUCGAAUUUCAGGAGGACGACAUUUUUUAUUACCAUUCAUCAUCUGGACCCCAAAAUACCGGCUUUGAUUUUAGACUCUUUUUUAUCGCCAUUGCAAUCCUCUUUUUCUGAGAUCUACUAUUGUGCACCUAAAAAUUCAAGUCUAUAUAUAGUAUUUCCUAUUUCAAAUAUUCACUUCCCACGCCCGUAUCAAAUUUUCAUUUUAAUUUAAUUAUCAGUAAUUACUAGAGCUUCGGAAUAGAUUUAUCUGCACAUAAAUAUGGGCAAAUAUAUUUAUCUGUCAGUGUGUUUUGUUCUAUUAUAAAUAUAAUUU